UGACAUAAUAUUAAUACAAAUUUACCGUGGUAGAAUGGUACGGACAGUUUUUUUAAAAUACUGUACUCCACCGUCUCUUAGAUUCUGCACUGAUCGUUGGGCUUUGGUGUGCUUUUCUUCGAUUUCCAGGUUAAGCUUCGUUGUCUAUCUCCACUACUUCAAAUUUCAAACAUUGCAAAAUUUUGGAGGAAAACCCUAGAAAUUAUUUCAUCGGUGCGCCAUUUUUCUUCUUCUUCUUUCAGUUUUCUAAUUAAACCUUAAUAAACUUGUUUAGAUCCAUCAAUGGAUAGAUUCAAGUGAAGAGAGAGUGUUAUUGAUAGAUAGAUUCUGUUUUACAGAUUGGGUGGGAGAGAUAAAUAAAUAAGAAGAUGGAUGAUUACGAGGAGGAGAUGGAAAGAUUUGGAAUGGAGAAUGAUUUCGAAGGCCAAUUUAUAGGCGGAGUUCUACUUUAAAAAACAGAAAGAGAAACGCAGAAGGGAGAGAGCGGGAGAGAAUGGAGAAGACAGCAAAAGGAGUGGGAAAAAGCAAGGAAGCGAAAGAUGGGGAUGUUGGGGAGUUUGAGAAGCAUACAAAAGGAAUUGGGAUGAAGUUGUUGGAGAAAAUGGGUUAUAAGGGAGGUGGGCUGGGGAAGAAUCAGCAAGGAAUCGUAGCUCCAAUUGAAGCAAAGAUGAGGCCGAAAAAUAUGGGAAUGGGGUUCAAUGAUUUUAAAGAAGCAUCAGCUAAGUUGCCUCAGUUGCAGGAGACGGAAACUGUGAGCCAAAGGCAGAGUCAGACAGUGGGGAGAAUGAAGGACAGGCGAUGGAUGAAGGGCAUGAAGAAGCAGCAGCAGGAGAAGUACAUAACAGCAGAGGAGUUGUUGGCAAAUAAGGAAGAACAAGGUUUUGAGGUUUUCCAGAAGUUGAUUGAUAUGCGGGGGCCACAAGUGAGGGUGUUGAUGAAUUUGGAGAAUCUGAAUGCAGAAGAGAAGGCCAAGGAGAAUGAUGUUCCAAUGUCAGAACUUCAGCAUAAUUUGAGGUUGAUUGUGGAUUUGGCAGAGCUUGAUAUACAGAAGAUUGAUAGAGACCUAAGGAACGAAAGGGAGACUGCUAUAAGCUUGCAUCAGGAGAAGGAGAAGUUGGAAACAGAGGCCGCACGCCAGAAGAAGCAACUGGAUAACAUGGAAGAGAUCAUGAGUGUGGUGAGCCAUAUUGAGGAACAGAAGUCUUCAGGAACUUUGACCUUGGAUUCACUUGCAAAGUAUUUCACAGACGACAUAAAGAGGAAAUUUGCAGAUGAUUAUAAGCUUUGCAACUUGACUUGCAUUGCUUGUUCAUAUGCUUUACCUUUGUUUAUUAGAGUAUUUCAGGGCUGGGAUCCUCUUAGAAACCCACUGCAUGGAUUGGAAGCAUUAGAAUUAUGGAAGAGUGUGCUGCAAGGUGAGGAAAGUAGUGAUAUAUGGGAUGAAUCCACGCCUUAUGCACAGUUAGUAUCAGAAGUAGUUUUGCCUGCUGUAAGAAUAUCUGGAACUAGUACUUGGGAGCCUAGGGACCCUGAACCUAUGCUUAGAUUUUUGGAGUCUUGGGAAAAUUUGUUCCCUGCAUCAGUUGUUCAGAGCAUAUUGGGUAAUAUAGUUAUGCCAAAAUUAUAUAGUGCUGUUGACUCGUGGGACCCUCGUCUAGAAACUGUUCCGAUACAUGUUUGGGUACAUCCAUGGCUGCCGCAGUUGGGACUGAAAUUUGAGGGUUUGUACCAGAUGAUACGUAUGAAGUUAAGCAUGGUUCUUGAUGCUUGGCACCCGAGUGAUGCAUCUGCUUACACUAUCUUAUCGCCCUGGAAAACUGUCUUUGAUUCAGCCAGCUGGGAAAGUCUUAUGCGCAGAUUUAUAGUUCCUAAGUUGCAGGUUGCAUUGCAAGAGUUCCAAAUAAACCCAGCUAAUCAGAAGCUUGAUCAUUUCUAUUGGGUUAUGUCAUGGGCAUCUGCAAUUCCAAUUCAUCUCAUGGUUGACUUGUUGGAGAGGUUUUUCUUUUCAAAGUGGCUGCAGGUUUUGUAUCACUGGCUUUGUUCAAAUCCUAACUUGCAAGAGAUUCAUAAAUGGUAUGUUGGUUGGAAAGGACUUCUUCCACCAGAGCUUCAGGCACAUGAAAAUAUUCGGUAUCAAUUUACUCUUGGACUCAACAUGAUUGAUCGGGCUAUUGAAGGUAUGGAAGUGGUCCAACCUGGUCUGAGGGAGAAGAUGGCGCAGGAGCAGAGGCAGUUUGAGGUCCAGGAAAGAGCUGCAGCGCAUGCUCAAUAUCAAACUGCAGCUGGCAUGGGUAGCACAACAAAAAUGGAUGGUUUUGGUGGUGAUGCGGUUGAGAUGACUUUGAAAGAAGUUGUUGAGGCACAUGCGCAACAUCAUGGCUUGCUUUUCAAGCCAAAACCUGGCAGGAUGCAUGACGGUCACCAGAUAUAUGGGUAUGGUAACUUAAGCAUAUAUGUGGACCCUAGACAUGAAAGGUUAUAUGUCCAGAAGGAGCAAGAUUGGUUACUUACAAACCUUGAUAAUUUGCCUGAGAUGCAUAAUAGUUCUCUUAAAAAGGGACGCUGAGUCUCAGAGCCUUUAAGAUGUACUAGGAUGUGGGGGGGUCAACGUGGGACUGCGAAACCAGUCAUUCAGUUCGUACAGGCUAUGCAUGAAAUGCAUCGAAGAGGUUUGCUAUUUCUUAUUCUUUGAGCUUGGUGGUGACUGAGAUGGCUUUUUGUUUUAAGGAAUUACAUCACUUUUCCCUAACAUUACCCUGAUGCAAUACUGCCAACUUAUUUUUCAGUGUUACAUUUUCCUGUUAUCUGGUAUCGUAAAUAUUUUGUGCCGUGAUAUUAUUAAUGCUAAUAGGUCUUUUCUAUUAAUCUGGCUUGCAGCCGAUGCUCCCUGUUCUAUUGCUUUUAUAGCCCCCCCUCUUACCUUGUUCCCAAGGAUUUCUGUCAUGCUCUCUGUUUUGCCCAUCUCCUUUUCUUUCUUUUUUUGGUAGUGGGGGAGGGGCUUUUGUUGUUUUUAUCUUUUUUAAUCCUGAAUUAAUACAAAUUUGGGUUAAUUGAUGUAGAGAUAGAAGAUAUUAUUCUUGCAUGUUAACUUCUUUGAGUUAUUUCUGAGAUCAAAGCAUGUUGUGGUUUGAACAAAUAUUUUGAAGCUUUGAGCAUGAGAAGAAAAUUAUUUAGAGAGGAAAUCCUCCUGUUUGAGCAGCCAAGUCCAUCCAUGUUUUCCGUUACCAGAAAGGAGGACCAUUUAGUAGCAGUCAAAAUAUUCAACAGUCUAGCUGUGGUGCCGCUGGAAAAAACAAAAGAAAGAAAGAAAAAGCCAAAGGAGCAUUUAUUGCUUUGGUCCCUAUAAUGUACACUGUUCUUGUUAUGUUUUUAAGCUCUGGAAAUUGACGAAUAUGUUUCUUCCUAUUCGGAUCCUAUCUGGAACCAAAAGAUUUACACUGAAAUCACCACGAAGUUUCGGCCCCUUGCAGGCUAUUUCAAUUUUUCAGUAAUGGAAAAGCAAACGGUGACUGACUCCAUACAUGGAACAACUAGCUCCUGAAGCAACGACUGCUUUAUGCACCUUCAUACCAUAGAAGUCUUUACCUCCAAAAGCUGUAAGAAUUGAUGGAUGAACAUUCAAUAUUAACAGGGGAUAAGCUUGAAUCAGCACAGCUGGUAUAAGUUUUUGAUACCCAGCUGUUAUAUGUUUACUUAUAA